AUGGGGCUCGUUGACUACACGUCGGACGACGAGGACAGCAGCGGUGGUCAAGAUGUUCCAGCCAACGCGCUGGACAAGACAUCGGCUCUUCCGCCACUGCCUCGCGCCUUCCACGAUCUCUAUGCCUCCACCGUCCGCACCGCCCCGGCCGACGACCCCAGCCUUCACCAGGGCCGCCAGCGCGCCAUUCCCCACGUCGCUGGCCAGUGGCCGAGCCAUCUCUACAUUGAGUGGUUCCCCCAACCGCCGGAGCAUGCCCAUCUGAGCCGGCUGCUGGACAUGCUUCGCGCCGCUCUUCAAGGUGCCCUGCAAAGCGGCGGCGGCGACGACGACGACAACGACGACGCCGCGCCUCUGUUCCAUUCGUUCCUGACGAGCGACCUGGGCGCGCCGCUGCCACUGCACAUCAGCUUGUCGAGGCCGUUUGUUCUCACCACUGCCGAAAAGGCGGCGUUUGUGGCGCGGCUGGAGGCCCGCGUAAAGGCAUCCGGCGUCGAGCGCUUCGACGUGGCGUUUGGCGGUCUGGACUGGUUCCGCAGUCCGGACUCGGCCCGGGCCUUUUUGGUCUUGCGAGUCGUCGUCGAGGACAGACGCCGGUCCAGAAACGAACCGCUCGUCAGCCUCCUAGAGCAGUGCAACAAACAGGUGACGGACGUGGGCCAGCCGGCGCUGUACACGAAAUCGCCGGCCGUGGCCGGCGACGACAGCGAUGUGGACCCUGCGUCGUUCCACAUCUCGGUCGCGUGGACGUUGGCGCCCACGACCACACUUGACGCAUGGGCGGACGCCACGCAACAAGCGUACGAUGACUGGCAGAAACAGCUGAGAGCGGGCAAGGACGAACCGCCGCUCACUUUUGCCGUGGAAAGCAUCAAGGCCAAAAUUGGCAACGUGGUGACAGACAUUCCACUCCGGCCCGCGUCCAUGGCAGCAUCCGCCUCGACGACGACGAUGAAAACGACAACGGACGCGGCCGUGGACCGUCUCCCACGGCGAUCAAAACGGUCGCGAUCGGAUAGCAGCGACGCGCUGCCUGAACGGCGGCGCAACAGCAAGAAGAGCCUCUUUGGAUUGUGA